AUCUAUUUACAGUUUGUUUUAUCUUUCAAGAAGAAGCGGCCAUGGAAGGUAAAGGAGCAACCCAAAGUUCUAUUAUAGUUCCUUCUGUUCAAGAGAUGGUGAUGGAGAAUAUGAUCACGACGGUUCCUGCAAGGUAUGUAAGAUCUGAUCAAGACAAAGCCGAGGUAGCCAUUGAUUCUGGUCUAACAAACCAGAUCCCAAUCAUAGACAUGAGUCUUUUGUGUUCUCCAACCUCCAUGGAUUCUGAGAUUGACAAGCUCGACUUCGCUUGUAAAGAAUGGGGAUUUUUCCAGGCAAGUCAGCUACACUGUUUAUCGAAAUUGCUCCAUAAAAACUCUUCUUUACACUUCUUUGUUUUCUUGGACAAAUUCAAGUCCGAUAUUCAAGAUUUCUUCAACCUUCCCAUGGAAGAGAAGAAGAAGUUGUGGCAACAACCAGGAGAUAUAGAAGGGUUUGGACAAGCUUUUGUGGUUUCAGAAGAGCAGAAACUCGAUUGGGCAGACGUUUUCUUCCUUACAAUGCAACCUGUUCGAUUACGCAAGCCUCACUUGUUUCCCAAGUUACCUCUUCCCUUAAGAGAUACACUAGAUACGUAUUCGGCUGAAGUGAAAAGCAUAGCUAAGGUGUUAUUUGCGAAACUAGCGAGUGCACUGAAGAUCAAACCUGAGGAAAUGGAAAAGUUGUUUGAUGAUGAGUUAGGGCAGAGGAUUAGGAUGAAUUACUACCCGCCUUGUCCGCAGCCCGAUAAGGUUAUUGGUCUAUCUCCGCAUUCCGAUUCUACAGGACUCACCAUUCUGUUGCAGGUUAAUGAAGUUGAAGGUCUCCAAAUCAAGAAAGAUGGCAAGUGGGUUUCUGUCAAACCUCUCCCAAAUGCUUUCGUUGUCAAUGUUGGAGACAUCAUAGAGAUCAUAACGAAUGGGACAUACCGAAGUAUAGAGCAUCGUGGAGUUGUGAACUCAGAGAAAGAGAGGCUUUCUGUGGCGACCUUCCACAAUACGGGAAUUGGUAAAGAAAUUGGUCCGAUGAGAAGUCUCGUGGAAAGGCACAAGGCUGCAUUUUUCAAAAGCGUGACUACUGAAGAGUAUUUCAAUGGCUUGUUCUCCCGUGAGCUCGAUGGAAAAGCUUACCUUGAUGUUAUGAGAAUCUAAGGCAACAAUGCAUAAAACCAUUGUCUUGUUGUAUUAUAUAUACUCUGUUUUCAUACUUUCUGCAAAUAGGCAAUCACUCUCGCUAUCUCUCUCUCUCUCUGCUUCAAAUAUGUUAAGACAAUGGCCAAUAAAGAACGUUUUUGCGU